AUGAACGUGGAUCAUGAAGUUAGCCUUUUAGUGGAGGAAAUUCAUCGCUUAGGUUCCAAAAAUGCUGAUGGAAAGUUAAGUGUGAAAUUUGGCGUCCUCUUCCGAGAUGAUAAAUGUGCCAACCUCUUUGAAGCACUGGUAGGAACUCUGAAAGCUGCAAAACGAAGGAAAAUUGUUUCAUACCAAGGAGAGCUACUUUUGCAAGGCGUUCAUGAUGAUGUUGAUAUUGUACUGCUGCAAGAUUAA